AUGAUCGUCGAUAUUCCCGACGUGGUCGAAAAGAUUAAUCAAAAUCUCCCCGAACAAAUUCGCGUGUGGGGAUACGUUAGAACCAUUCGAUCGUUUCACGCGAAAACGCUGUGCGACUCUCGCAUAUACGAAUAUCUUAUUCCUACCUAUGUCUUUAAUCCUGAUGAGAAAGCAUCCUGUACGCAAACAUCGCAGUCCAUGACAAUGGAUCAGAGCGUGGAGGUUAAAGCGGAGGGUUCAACAGAUCAGAAAAUAAUUGAAAUACCUGUUGCUACAAUCGAAGAAAUGAUUGAAAACCGUAAAUACCGCAUAACCCCCGAAAUACUGAAUUUGGUGAGAACGGGUUUUAAAGAAUACGAGGGUAUUAUGUUUACAUGCUAUGAGCUGCGCGCAUUUAUUCGCACCUCGUCUCAAAUUUUCUGUUCGUUAUAUAAGGUCGGCGAUCCAAAAAUAGUGAAGGAUACCGAGUGGUUAAGCCUUAAAGUGCAAGGACAAUCCUUUAUGUUGCAUCAAAUACGAAAAAUGCCUGUCUUCAAGUCAUAUAACAAGAAAUGCGUUGUUAACGGAUACGAACCAAUAGAUUACGAAAAAUAUCGGGAGGAAAUUGACGAAUUCAAAGAAAAACACAUAUAUUCUAAAAUUUAUGAAGAAGAAUGUAACGAUAAUACAUUCCAAAAUUGGCUUAACUCCAUAGAUGCUCAUAAGGAUCGCGACUUUGGAUACUUGAAUUCCGAAGGUGUCAUACCAGAGUGGGCCAUCGUAAAGAAAUCGGCACAGUCUAAUAAAGAAGAAGCGAUAGGUUGGGAGAAAAAUGAUAGCGAGAACGACGAUUAA